CUCUCCCAUCUCAAUCUCAUUCUCAUUCCACAAUCUUUCCCUGUACCUUUUUUGUUUGCGUGCCUCUCUCUGCCUCAACUCACUACGUAAUCCGUAUAUUUAAUCAUGCGGUUACAGUCGUGGCUAGACACAUGCUCCUCCGUAAACUGCGCCACAGCCACCAACAACUCAACCAUUUCACUUCCAAUACUCCGAUCACAUAAACAACAUGCAUCCGAAUACUCAACCACCUCUUCUUCCACCUCCACAGCAACCUCCGAUGAAAGCACCUCCAGUACUCUUCACACCAACUACUCCAUACAAACACUCCCAUCCCUUCCUUCUCUCCAAAAACUCUCUCCACAAAACUUCUCCGUCUCUCACCACUGUCUCACUUCCUUCACACCCCGCCCCUCUCGCCCAAUCACCUCCCUCGCCAUUCACAACAACCUUCUCUACGCCGCAACCGAAAACCUAAUCAACGUCUACGAUCGCCACACGUGUACAAAUCUCCACUCCUUCAAUUCCACUUCCUCUGGCUCCACCAAAGCCAUUACCUUCUCCAAAGAUAUGCUCUUCACAACCCACCAAGACUGCAAAAUCCGCGUCUGGCACCACCGCCGCCGACGCAACCACCGCAUGUUAACAACCCUUCCCACCGUCAACGAUUUUCUCCGCCGCUUCCUCUUCCCGAAAAACUACGUCACCGUCCGCCGCCACGACAAACGCCUCUGGAUUCAACACGCCGAUGCCGUAACCGACCUCGCCGUUUCUAACGGCGUUAUCUACUCCGUUUCGUGGGAUAAAACACUCAAAAUAUGGAGAAUCUCGGAUCUUCGUUGUGUUGAGUCGGUCAACGCUCAUGAAGAUGCGGUCAAUGCGGUUGCAGUUUCCAAUGAUGGAACCGUUUACACUGGAUCAGCCGAUAGACGAAUACGGGUUUGGGCUAAACCCGUUGGAGAAAAGCGCCACGUUAUGGUUGCCACUUUGGAGAAGCAUAAAUCAGCUGUUAAUGCGCUGGCACUAAACGACGACGGUUCGGUUUUAUUUUCGGGUGCCUGUGACCGUUCGAUAUUGGUGUGGGAGAGAGAGGAUAGUGCGAAUCAUAUGGUGGUGAGUGGGGCUUUGAGGGGGCAUCAGAAUGCGAUACUUUGUUUGAUCAACGUCUCUGAUUUGCUUCUUAGUGGAUCGGCUGAUCGGACGGUUAGGAUUUGGAAGCGAGUCUAUGAUGGAUCGUUUUGUUGCGUUGGUGUUCUUGAUGGUCACGGAAAACCUGUGAAGUCGUUGACGGCAGUUUCAGAGUAUGAUGAUCAAAGUUCCACUAACGGCGUCGUUUCUGUUUAUAGUGGUUCACUGGAUGGUGAGAUAAAGGUUUGGCAACUUUCUAUCAGGUGUCUAGCCACUCAGGAUUCGGAUAUUUUGAAUUCCUAUAAAGCUAAUAAAAUCACAUAGAAUAUGAAAAUGAAAGUUGGACUAUUAUCUCAUUAGAAGAUCUUUAUUAUUAUAAGAUACUUACAUAAUCAAUUAUUUAUAUUUAUUGUCAAUAUAAAUAUAUUUGUACUGCA